AUGUAGUGUCACCACAGGGAAGCACCAAGCAGCUAGCCAUCAAGGCAACAGUUGAAUUUCCUAAAAUGUUGUCUUCUAGCUCUCUCCUAUUGUCUGCAAACAAAGGUGAGACUGUAUCUAGUACUAACCUCGAGGAAGCUUCAAAACCUUCUGCUGAAGACAUGAGGACGUUCAUGUCAAGAAAAACCGUGGUUGCAUUUCCUCAGCGAGUAGUUGUUUCUUCCCCUGAGGAGGAAAACCUCACUACACGUGCAACAGAAGGAAGCUUGAAGAAAGAGUUAGUUGAGGAAGAAACUUCAUCUUCAUCCAGCUCAGAUUCAGAUUCUAGCUCAGAUUCUGAGGAAGAAAAUGAUGGUGAUGAUUCAGAAGUUGCCAUUAAAACCAAAGUUGAGUUUCCCAGACGAAAUUCCAUCUUUUCUGAUAACAUAGCAAUAAAGGCAUCAAUGCUAGCAAAAGAGAACUUGUCCCCAAAAUCUCACAAAGAGUAUGUAGCUAAGAAGCUGCCAGGCAAAACAGAAACUGAUGUGUCUCCCAUCAGGCAAGCUACGUUUUCUAAAACAUCAGUCAGCCAUAAAACAUCAAAAUCCAAAGUGAAAGAAUCCAAAGUGAGAGACUCCAAAGUAAAAUCAACUCCAAAAGCAGCAGAUCCACAGAAGCUGGUCUUAGAACCACACAUGGUUGAAAGCCAAGACCUGACCGAAGUCACCCAUAAAUCUGAUUAUUUGGAGGAAAAGUCCAUUGGAACCCAAGUAGCAGCUAUUCAGCUGAAAGCUUCAUCAGUGACUCAGGAAGGCAAAAAGCAAAAACUGGUAUCCAGGGAAGAUGAGAAAAAGGUGAAGGAGGCACAGGAGUCGGAAGCAGAAGUAGUAACCAGUCCUAAACUGGAAGAAGAGGCUUCUGGAAGCACAGUGUUGGUGAUGGGCACUACAGCAAAGGAGGAGACCAUUCAGGAAGCAGGAUUGCAGACUGGAGAAAGCACAAUAGAGGAGACCACAGCAGCUGCUGAGCCUGCUCCAGAAGAAUUCGAUAAUUCUACCUACAAGAACCUUCAGCAUCAUGAAUAUAACACGUAUACCUUUGUUGAUUCUGUUGUGGUUCUCUCAAAAUUCAGGCAGCCUCAGCCAUCUUCUGGAAGACCAUCACCAAGGCACUGA